UUAUUUGUAAUAACAACUGAUUUGUUUGUCGCCCUGAGAAUCAUUCCGAUUGUGUGUAAUGUUAAGAGAAUGACUGUCAAAAUUUAAGUUAUAUAUUUUUUUAAAAUAAGGCGUUAUGGCUAUAUCAUGCUUUGAUCUGUGUGCACAGUAACUGUCGUUUAUAUGUUCAUGUUUCGUGGCUAGGUUGUUGAUGUUUGUAAUAAGUUUCAAUAAUACAGAUGAAACUUUGUAUCGAAUUAUAAUUUGAGGAACGGGCAGUUGCAGGUUGUGAACAUAUGGUUGAUUUUGUGAAUAAUAUGCAGGGGAGUGAGAAAAAUGGAGUUCGCUUCUGUGAGUGAUGAGUAUUUAACCAACAAGCGAUGAAUAGGAAGCAUACAAUAAAUGGUCGCAAUAUUGUGCGACUCACGAGGCAGCGAGAAGUCAAGGAUACUAUAAACCACAAACUCCAGCAGAAGUUGCAUGUAACAGAAGAUUUUGUCCAAAGGCUGGGUUUGGAGGCUGAACUUGAAGGUCAUGGUGGUUGUGUCAACUGCCUAGAAUGGAACGAAUCAGGAAGGACUCUUGCUUCUGCUUCAGAUGAUGUGCAGGUCAUUCUCUGGGAUCCUUUUUUGUAUAGAAAAAUACACACUAUACCCACUGGACAUCAUGGGAAUAUAUUUUCAGUGAAGUUUUUACCAAAAUCUGCUGACGGAGUUCUGGUGACUGGCGCCGGAGACUGCCGAAUCAGAGUCCACGAUGUCGGUCUUGGCGAAACGACACACGUGUGUAAUUGCCACACGGGCCGAGUUAAGCGCCUUGCGACCGCCCCGAAUGUUCCAUACAUGUUCUGGAGUGCUGCCGAGGACGGAACAAUUAUGCAAUUUGAUCUUCGAACACCACAUUCAUGUUCAAGAGAAGUUAAUAUGGGGCGAUAUGCCGAAGCGAAAUGCCUCGCCAUUAAUCCGCAGCGUCCCGAGUUGCUCGCUGUUGGAGCAAAUGACCCGUACAUCAGGCUUUAUGAUCGGCGGAUGAUAAAGCUUACCACCGUGGAGUACCCGCCGGACAACGUGCCUCGCUCCAAUUGGGAGCGCCAGAACUACAUGGCAUCUCGAGCCGGAGAAGGAGAGCUGGAAGAUAACUUACCACAUGGCUGUGUUCAGUAUUAUGUUGCAGGGCAUCUUCCGGUAAAGCAGCAGGACUACCGGAAGAAAUACAGGAACCUGGCCUCGACAUACGUGACAUUCAGCGCUGGUGGCAAUGAGCUGCUGGUAAAUUUAGGCGGAGAACAGAUCUACUUGUUUGACAUAAACAACAAACGGAAACCAAAGAAAUAUGAUAUUCAGGCUGUUAAUCUUGACAGUCUGAAAACAUUUAAAGAUUGUCGUGGUUCUUCAAAUGGUUAUAGUAACGGCUUCCGAAAUGGUACCAAUGGUUUUGCAGCCAGUUCAAAUGGCGUUACUCGAAGUACCAACGGGAUGACGUCCAUAUUUCCAGUGACUGAAAGAAGGAGUGAUAUUGGAACACCGUCACUGCCAAUCAGAAUUCAAGCUCUGAAAUUAAGUGCAAAUGACGCUUUUGAGAGGCAGCGUUUUACGUUAGCUAUCAGCUUGUACAAUAAAGCAAUUGGCUACUAUCCAUCAGCAGCUGUUCUGUAUGGAAAUCGGGCCGCAGCGUACAUGAAAAGGGGCUGGGAUGGUGAUAUAUACGCAGCGAUGCGAGAUUGCCACACGGCCCUUCAGCUGGAUCCCGGUCAUAUGAAAGCUCAUUUCAGAUUGGCGAGGUGUCUGUACGAACUGCAGUGGGUGCAGGAAGCGUCAGACUGCAUGCAGGCAUUCAAGAGCAAGUUUCCGGACCACAUCCACAGUCACGCGUGCAAAGCUCUUGUCAAAGAUAUUGAAACGGCUAGUGCUUCAAAGCCUGGUUUUGUUUGUGUUGAAAUACUUGCAAUUUAUGUCCAUCUUGGACACGGCAUGGGGCGAUAUGCCGAAGCGAAAUGCCUCGCCAUUAAUCCGCAGCGUCCCGAGUUGCUCGCUGUUGGAGCAAAUGACCCGUACAUCAGGCUUUAUGAUCGGCGGAUGAUAAAGCUUACCACCGUGGAGUACCCGCCGGACAACGUGCCUCGCUCCAAUUGGGAGCGCCAGAACUACAUGGCAUCUCGAGCCGGAGAAGGAGAGCUGGAAGAUAACUUACCACAUGGCUGUGUUCAGUAUUAUGUUGCAGGGCAUCUUCCGGUAAAGCAGCAGGACUACCGGAAGAAAUACAGGAACCUGGCCUCGACAUACGUGACAUUCAGCGCUGGUGGCAAUGAGCUGCUGGUAAAUUUAGGCGGAGAACAGAUCUACUUGUUUGACAUAAACAACAAACGGAAACCAAAGAAAUAUGAUAUUCAGGCUGUUAAUCUUGACAGUCUGAAAACAUUUAAAGAUUGUCGUGGUUCUUCAAAUGGUUAUAGUAACGGCUUCCGAAAUGGUACCAAUGGUUUUGCAGCCAGUUCAAAUGGCGUUACUCGAAGUACCAACGGGAUGACGUCCAUAUUUCCAGUGACUGAAAGAAGGAGUGAUAUUGGAACACCGUCACUGCCAAUCAGAAUUCAAGCUCUGAAAUUAAGUGCAAAUGACGCUUUUGAGAGGCAGCGUUUUACGUUAGCUAUCAGCUUGUACAAUAAAGCAAUUGGCUACUAUCCAUCAGCAGCUGUUCUGUAUGGAAAUCGGGCCGCAGCGUACAUGAAAAGGGGCUGGGAUGGUGAUAUAUACGCAGCGAUGCGAGAUUGCCACACGGCCCUUCAGCUGGAUCCCGGUCAUAUGAAAGCUCAUUUCAGAUUGGCGAGGUGUCUGUACGAACUGCAGUGGGUGCAGGAAGCGUCAGACUGCAUGCAGGCAUUCAAGAGCAAGUUUCCGGACCACAUCCACAGUCACGCGUGCAAAGCUCUUGUCAAAGAUAUUGAAACGGCUAGUGCUUCAAAGCCUGGUUUUGAUGUGGACACACAAGAUAUGGACCCGGGACCUGAGCCAUCGGACCAAUACAAGAGUCACGCUGUAAACAGUUGUCCUAUGUCACAGCAGGAGCGUGCAUGGAGAGAAUUGGCCUAUGACUAUGAGAUACGAUUUUGCGGUCAUUGUAAUACCACAACUGAUAUCAAAGAAGCAAAUUUCUUUGGAAGUCAGGGCCAGUACAUCGUCGCAGGCUCUGAUGAUGGAUCCUUUUUCAUCUGGGAUCGUCACACCACGAACAUUAUGCGCGUUCUCCGUGGCGACGAUUCCAUAGUGAACUGUCUGCAGCCCCAUCCGUCUUACUGCUUGCUGGCCACAAGUGGUAUAGACCCAGUAGUCAGACUGUGGAGUCCGAGACCUGAGGAUGGCUCCAGCAACGAGAGGGAAGUGAUCGACUUAGACGAUGCCGCUUCAGCAAACCAGAAACGAAUGAACGCCGAUCCAUUUGAAGUGAUGCUGAUGAACAUGGGUUAUCGCAUCACGUCUGUGCAGGGGGAAGAAGGUGAAGGAGGAGGGGAUGAAGGGGCGAGGGAAGCCCCAGCCAUUAACUGCAGACCCAGUUAGCUGAAUCUUAGUUCAGUUUGCGUUUAAUGAGAGAGGAAGCGAGUGAUACUAACAAAAGGUGGAAUUGGAAUUUAAAAUUUGCAGUGUGUCGUGAACCGUUUGUUAGUUUCUCUCGCUUUCUCUCGUUACUGCUGUGAAUUUCAUUUUGACACUCUCGGCAUUUCUGACCUUUGAAUAUCACUUUAGGAAGUGAUUUAAUUUGUUUAUAUUUAUUCAUAGCUUCAAAAGUAAAUUACCCGAACUUUAUAUUUUAGAUUAGAUUUCUAUUCCGUUACAGAACUUGGGGUCGCAGAUGAAUGAGUAUCCUUUUGUGUUUCUGUAUUUAUUUCAAAUUAGUUUAUACAUUAACACUGUUUAGUGUUAGAGGCUAUAAAUACAUUUAGCCGUAUUUUCUAGUUGGAAUAAUUGAUUUUAAAAAUUAAGUGGUUAUGGUAAGUGAUUUUUAAAAUCUCCCCUGCAUAAUUAAUAUUAAUAGCAUUUAUGAACUGCUACUGUAAAUAUUAUAUUCUUUCCACAAUUAGCAAGAAUUAUAUGAAUCUAAAAAUAUGUUUACAGAAUAAGCGUCGUACUUGUCUUACAAAUAUAAUUUGGUAUAUAUAAAUGUCAGAGAAGAUUAAAGUUGUUUCACCAAACUUA